CACCAAAACUUUGCUUGCCAAUCGCCAUUAAAACAAGAAGAAGAAGAAGCCGUAGAAGCCCAAGCAGAAGAAGCAAAAAGAAAAAGAAAAAGAAUGGAGCCAACGGUUGAAAAGCUUGAGACCAGGUUCUUGAAGUCAGAGGCUGAUCUGGAAUACAUUGAGAGGCGGCUGAAGCUGGAUUUCAUCAACAGUGCAGCAGUCAGCGGAUGCUCUGCUGAGGAAAAUGUGACUGUGAUGCUGGAAAAUCUGAAGUCCCUCAAGGCCAAACACUCUGUUCUGAGGUCUCAGGUCAGCAAGAUUAUAGAUGCUCAGAAAGAGUCCAUGGAGUUCAUCAGGAACAGAAUCAGCAGGACCAGGGAGCUGGUAAAACAUUGCCAGCAAGCUUCUGAUUUGGAGACUGAGUCACUGGCAGAGUCAGAGCUAGAGUCAACCAUGUACCUGGAUGCAACCAUUGUUCAGAUCACAGUUGAAGUUUAGAGGAGUAAAAGUCAUGCAGAACCAAGAUAACCAGGAAUCUACGUUGCCAAAGGAAAAGCCUUAGCUGGAGUAAAUAAAAGAGCAGUGAUGUCCACAUGACUUAAGAAAUUAUACUGGUAUUUGAUUUUAUAUACAUUAAAAGGUGGAUGAAAGUCAAAAAA